AUCUUCACGAUUUGGCAACGCUGCUAAAAAAAUAUAAUCAAAUCUUAAUGUUCUAUUAUUUCUAAAUAAAAAAAUUCAAAAAUUUUAACAGUCGUAAGAUAGUAAUGUUGAAAAUGAGAAAUUUACAUGAUUUUGAUCUUCCUAAUGACGGUGAGAUAUCUUUGUGUGAAAUUAACGGACGUGUUCAUUCUAUGAAUCACGAUUAUACGAAUGUUAGCGCCUUUACGACCACUGUAGAUAACCACCCGAAAGUUCACAUUACUAGAGAUUUACUUCAUCCCCUGAGUUCAGGUGACGAAGGCAAGGCUUUAUUUUUACCUGUUAAUAUAUCAUUUUUGAAGCAACUAACUCAGGUUUAUUGUGAACAAGGAUUCAUUGAAGCUUUACAUACAGCUUCUUCACAUAACCAAUUACUCAUAUCAUCUAGUGCUUCAAUAAUACUGGAUGUUUUGAAGUACAUUAGAAAAGUGAGACUGGUUUUGAAUCCUAAUUUGAAGUAUAGUGGACCUGUUAUUAUUAAAGAAUUUUCUCAAACAAGAAAUUGGCAAAGCUUCACAAUCAGAUGCAUAGCAUGGCAUCUCUACGAAACGAAAGUAGCUGUUGUAACUUGUGAUGAUAGUGUUAGAAUUUUUAGUGGUGAUAGUAGUAUUAUAACACCACUGUUGAGAUGUAAACAACAGAAACAUAUUACUAGCAUUGCUUGGAGACCACUAUCAAAUACGGAAAUAGCUGUAGGUCAUGAAAAUGGAAUAAUUAUUUGGAAUGUGGAUGCAAAUUCGCUGGUAACUCGGCCAUCUGUCAGUAAUGCCCUUAUGUUGUCUAGAGAUGACCACAGACCUGUUAUGAGCAUAGCCUGGUCUCCCAAAGGUGAUAAAUUAGUAAGUGCUGCUGCCUGUGAUAAUACUAUCCUUGUGUGGGACGUGGAACUAGAUAAGACAAGUUCCUUAAAGAGGCCUGCUGGAUCUGGUAAUGUUUUGGUGAAAUGGUCACCUAGUGGUGAAAAAUUGUUUAGUUGUUCUGAUGGUUUGGUAUUUAGGGUAUGGGAUUGCCGAAAUUGGGAAUGUGAGCGAUGGACAGUACUUAGUGGAAGGGUUCAGUCAGCUUGUUGGUCAAAUUGUGGAAAUACUUUACUAUUCGCCAGCAAUACUGAACCUAUAAUAUAUGGAGUAAUGAUCAAAAAUGAUUUGGUUUUCAAGAAUGAUUCAGACAGUUCGUCUAACCAAGCUUUGCCUUUGUUCGAAACUAGUAAAAUUGAGAUAGAUGGCGUGAUUGUUGGUGGUUUGGUUCAAUGUCUGGAAAGUGAUCCCAAAGGAAAGCACCUGGCUGUCCUAUUUCAAGAUACAAACUUGGUAGCUGUUUUCAAUAUUAUCAGACAUCCAACAUUGCAGUUGAUAGCUAGUUCUCUGGUAAUAGGAAUGGCAGAAGAACAACCAAGUACAAUAAGUUUUCUUCAACAAUUUGAAGCUGGAGCUUGUUUGACUAUUGGAUGGUCUAGUGGAAGAAUACAGUAUUAUCCAAUUAUUUAUACUGAUUUGUCAUGCAAUUUAAACUAUACUGAACAAUUAGAUUCACGUUUAUAUAGUUCUUCUAGAACAACACCUUUUUAAUUUUAAUCAAUAAAUUAAAUAUUUUUCCUUUCACA